AUGGUGGUUGUUAUGAGUCAAAAAACACUGACCAAUCUUGAAAAAUAUGAGAUGACGUUGAUUGGUACCAGUGGAAACAAUACCUUGAAAUCGCAAGCUUCCAUUAAAAUAGAAACUGCCGAAGGUAUGUCAUGUGAAUACGUAAUGGUUUUUGUUCAAGCACAAACGUUACCAAAUCCUCAGAAACUGGAAAUCGAAUCGCUGGGAACUCGAGUUCAGAUUCCAUUCCGAGAACCGCGUGAAAGUGCGCAUUCUCCAGUCAUUAUCUGCAUUUCGCCGCAAUUUGUAGCCGAGAAAUGGCAAGUUUUUCUUAUGAACAUCCACAUUGUUCGACGAUAUGGAGGACAUAUGCAUAUAUACAUUACCAGUAUGGUUCGAGAACUUUUUGAAACUUUGAAAGUAUACGAGAGUAUGGGAAUCGUAACACUAGAUUACUGGAUUAGAAUGAAAUUCAAAGAGACAAAGACUCCGUAUGCAGAUCCGAUGAGAAAUGUAGAAUGGAGGAAUCAGGCAGGAGCACAGACAGAUUGCUUGUUACAGUAUAAAGAAAUAGCGGAUUUCAUUGCCUUUUUCGACAUUGACGAUAUCCUGAUUCCCCGUUUAUCCCAUAAUUAUCAUCAGGAAUUCUCGAAUCACUUCAACGCGUAUCCUGACUAUCAUUCAAUAUUCUACAACAAAAGAGAUAUAGCUGUAGAAAGAGUAUCGAAUGUGAAAGAUUUCUCAUUUCGUCAGAUGUUCUCAACUAUGAAAAUUCGAGAAGAAGAAGGUUAUGGGAAGUCAAUUGUGAACCCGCUGAAAUACAAUUCCACCUGGAUUCAUCACUCUUUUCAACUACCGAGAGACAAAAUGUUGAAGAUAUAUAACACGGAGAUAAUCCAUGUCAAAGAUAUUCUGGAGAAUGAGUUGAACCAAUCAGCUCCAUUUCGUUUACCGAAGAUGUUCGGGUCAGAUACUGAUACUUUGAUAGGAGAAAUGGAUCUCAGAAGUCUUGAUAUUGAUUUCCAGAGAGUAUUUGGAAAAAAUAAAUAUCGUGAAGCUGCAACAAAGAUGGAGGAUAAGAACUUUUAUGGUCCAAUAGUAUUUGAUUGCUAUAACGAAUCCUUUUACCAUCCAUAUUUCGUGGAGAAGAAAAACUUCAAGGAGUUGUGUCCAAAUGCGGAUAAUUGCAAACUUCCACAACGGGAUGAUAUCAAAUGUAUCCAUUCGGAUGCUGAAUACGUUUCUGGUCCUGAAAUGUAUCCAAUCACUUUCCACUAUGCCAUUGGCUCAUUUUGGUCCGAAAACAUAGGAUGCUAUCAAUAA